AUGCUGUUGACCAAUGGCACCUGCUUCAAGCCAUCCAUCUUUACACUGAUUGGAAUUCCAGGCCUCGAGUCAGUGCAGCACUGGAUUGGGAUCCCAUUCUUUGUUUCUUUUGUUCUGGCCACAACUGGAAACGGCCUCCUCAUCACCAUCAUUCAUAGAGAGCGCAGUCUCCAUCAGCCCAUGUAUGUUUUUUUAGCUGUGUUGGCAGCUGUGGAUCUGGGUCUCACCAUAUGCAUCACCCCUAAAAUGCUGGCUGUCUUUUGGCUACAGUCAAAGAAGAUUCACUUUGACUCCUGUCUAACCCAGAUGUAUUUUACUCACACUUUCCAGUGCAUGGAGUCUGGCAUUCUCCUGGCCAUGGCCUUUGACCGCUAUGUGGCGAUCUGUGAUCCCCUGAGGCAUUCUGCUGUUCUCACUAAGAAAGUACUAAUUACCAUCAUCACACUGGUGACCACAAGAGCAUCAGUUAUCAUCAUCAUGUGUCCUCUUCUAAUUAAGUUGCGACUGACCCAUUUCAGGACCACAAUCAUCUCUCAUUCCUACUGUGAGCAUAUGGCUGUGGUGAAGCUGGCUACAGAAGAUGUCAGGAUCAACAAAGCAUAUGGACUUUUUGUGGCUUUUUCAGUCCUUGGAUUUGAUGUGAUCUUCAUUUUCUUGUCUUAUGUGUUUAUCUUCCAGGCUGUCUUUAAGUUGCCACAAAAGGAGGCCAGAUUCAAAGCGUUCAACACAUGCACAGCUCACAUCUUUGUCUUUCUCCAGUUCUAUAUCCUCACAUUUUUUACAUCUUUCAUACACAGAUUCGGCUUUAAUGUUGCUCCUUAUGUUCACAUUCUAUUGUCAAACCUCUAUCUGCUUGUACCACCCCUGCUAAACCCUAUUGUAUACGGAGUGAAGACCAAGCAGAUUCGAGAGGGAGUUAUCAAAAUGUUUGCUUCCAAAGGUUAA